AACCAAAAGACCAUGGCCCGACAGUGGCUUCACGGAUAUCAAUACGGCCCUCUCUGGGUCCCACCCCUCAUAGCCCCGGGAACCCUCAGCAACAUCUUCCUCUACACCUCAACGUCAAACCCUCUCUACUUGCUCGCAGCAACUCUUAUUUUCAGCAUCCUUCCCAUAACUUUCCUAUACAUGGAACCGGGAAUCAAUGGAGCAUGUAAAUGGAAGGUCGAGACGCUGCUCAGAAGCGAAAAGGACUUCAAACCCAUGCAAAAUACGCAUAUCUGGUGGCCAAGUGCGCAUAAACAUGGUGGGACGCUGAGAAGUCGGGAAUGGGCUGAGAAGACGGAUAUGAAGGAUUUGAUCCUGUAUUGGAGAUUUGUAAAUAAUUUUCGAUGGGUGCUUGGAGGGAUUGCAGCGGGCGUAAGUGGAUGGGCGACGUUCCGUGGGUUGGCGUGA